GAAUCGUUAAUAAAUUGGAUAAUAUUUAACGUGAUUGUCGAUUAGUUUAAUCGCUAAUUCCUUUUUAACCGUAAUAAUCAUUUAAUCAAUCGAAUUAGAUAUUUUCGUUUAUUAAUUCUCAACUUUGCGAGAAUUAUACGAUAUUGCAAGAUUCAUGAGAAUUGACUCUGAAACAUGUCGCUGACGCACUCUACCAGUUAAAGAGAGAACUAUUGCUGCGUGAAAAUAUUGGAAGUGUAUAUUGCCAAUUCGCCUAAUCGAGCAUUGUUUUCUUGACAGGCGAAUUAAUUUGUAUGGUAGACGACAUUGAUUGUUACGAAAUUAUUACGAAUGUUAUAAUAUGGAUUGUUUAGCAAUGAAUUCGCAGGAAGACUUACUAUUAAAAGAUCAGGUUAAUUCAAGAAUAACGAGAGAUAACAGAAAACGAGGACGUAACGCAGAGGACGAGUCUAGCGAAUUUAUGCCAUUAAGCAAAAGAAUCAAUAAUCUCCAUAUUAAUAACUUGUCAGGCAUGCAAGUGAAUAUGACAGAAAAUAUGGAUGCGGAUUGGAGCAACAAAAGUUUUUUACCUUCACCAAACUACUCGGAUCUCUCCCAAGGAUCGCCGCUGUACGACGGAUGUAGUUCGAGCCAAAGCAGCUACACAGCCGAAUAUAAACCGGGCCUCGACGCGUUUGAAAAUCCCUUUUAUUAUGAAAACUACUGUAGACUCCCAAUUAAACAGUUUCUGUGGGAGCAAACUCAAGGCUGGAUAAAUCGGUUAAAUCAAAUGCGUGCGCAAAGUAUCGUUUAUUGAUUGUACAGUAGGAUACAAAGUAUGCAUUGUACAUAAAUAUUUAUUGAAUGUCUCGUCUCGGACAAAAGAUCAUACAAAGUGAAACUGAAAUCUUUAUAAAAGACGCAGAGUAAGAGCAAAAUCUUUAUAAGUGAUCGAUCUGUGAACGAAAACCUUUAAAUAUCCGAAAGAUGAAACAGAGAAACUGGAUAAGUGGGAGUCUACUAUAUAUAAUUAUUAAUCAUGAAGCAUUUUUUGCAUGUCAUUUCUUCAUUCCUUUUCAAUAUAUUUUUGUCACAACUAAAUUGUUUAGACUUGCGAAAGGUGUAUCAUUUAGGAAAUCUUUUAGUCUUAUCGGAAAUGAAAUUAUUUAUUACGACGUAAAUUAUUGAAAUUAAUUAAGCGAAACACAAAUUAAAGAAAUGUGAAUCCGCCACGUAUAUUGAUUCGUCGACAAGGGUUUAAUUAAAUUUUAAUGUUAAAUGUCCAAAGCAUUAAUAAUGUAUAUUCCUUGUGAACAUUUAGAUAAUACGUCUAGCACAUGCUUGCUCUAAAUUCGUUAUAAAAUAUUGGUCGACCUCAGGUUACCCCCUGACUUUUCCUUGUCGACCAGAAACAUAUAGAUGAAAAUUGUAAGUACGAUUAAUGAAUUUAUUAUUAGUAAAACGCGUUAAUAAUUGACCAUCUAUCCUUACUUUAAUAUAUAACAAUAGAUAAAUAUUACAUUAAAUUGCUAUUCCUAACAGACCUGUUGUUAUUUGCCUUUUCGAUACAACAUAAUGUACAAUGUCGCGAAACUGUUUUAAAAUUGUAAAAAUUGGCAGCAAUUUAUACAUUUGUUACAACAGAGACAGCAAAAUAAAAAAAGGAAAACAUUUAAUUUA